GCAGAGGUCUGCACAGCUCAACGCUCAAAAUGCCUGGGUUACUUAAGCUGCUCCUCUUCCUGCUUUAAGUGGAAAGUGGUAGAAAAGGACAUAAACAUGUUCAACAGCAGACAUCCCAGACUUAGCAAAAAAGGAAGAAUAUGGGGAUUGUGCAUCCUUUUGCUUUACACCAACCCCCUUUCCUGUUUGGCAAAUUUCAGUCAAGCGAAAGAGCUCAUCUAUAAGAUAAAGGAGGGAUUACCCAGGGGGACUUUUAUAGGGGCCAUUGGAGUAGACUUAAAUUUGGAUUUUUCUGCUGACCCCCCCUUCAUAUUCAGUCUCACUCAAAAGAAGGUCAGUGAACAGUAUGUGAACCUAAAUAAUACCACCGGGGAGCUUUACACAUCUGCUACAGAGAUUGACAGGGAGACUCUCUGUGCUGAUAAUGUAGAGGGGAAGGGAUGUGUCCUCUCACUGGAUGUGUUUGUGUUGCCUCAGCAGUACUUUCAGCUCAUCAAAGUAAAGAUCUGGAUUGAGGAUGUGAAUGACAACAGGCCAAAGUUCCCCACAGAUGAGAUCACUUUGUCUGUCCCUGAAAACGCACCAAUCAAUGCUCGCUAUGCAGUGGAGCAGUCGGCACUUGACCCAGACCUGGGUCCUCAUGGAGUGCAAACCUACUGGCUGGUUAAUGACUUUGGAAUGUUCACACUGGAUGUGGAGGAGAACGAGGGAGGUGAGCUGACACCUUUCCUCAUUGUGACAGAAGCUUUGGACAGAGAGACUCAGGCAGAAUAUAUUACAGAUAUAAUUGCAGAGGAUGGAGGGACCCCUCCUCUACUUGGUGCUGCGACUUUGAAAAUUGUCAUCACGGAUGUGAAUGAUAACUGUCCCCAAUUCAAGGAGUCACAAAUUAAUGUCACUCUGCAUGGGAAUACCACCAAAGGGGUGCAUUUGGCACGUCUGCAUGCUUUUGACCCUGACCUUGGUGCUAAUGCUCAGAUCAGCUAUGCUUACAGUGAACGCGUGCCAAGGGACACCAGGAGCUUGUUCCAUUUGGACAAAAUUACAGGACUGAUCACGCUAGCAGGGAAAAUAGACACUGGCACAGCGGCAUUUUACAAACUCACUAUUCUGGCUUUUGGACCUGGGUGUAUUCCUGCCGUAGCCACUGUUACUGUCCAUAUCAUCAAAGUUGUCACUGGACCCCCUACGGUCAUACCUCGGUACAUUGCACCAGAAAAGGAUGGGGUGAUAACGAUAAAGGAAUCUGAGCCAGCUUUUUCUCCAAUUGCUUUUUUUACCAUUAACAACAUUGAUAAGAACCAAAGGGUGGACUGUCAUUUGGAAGGGCCUGGUCCCUUCAGGCUGGGCCCCUAUCAGCUGUUCAAGAAUGAAUACCUGCUGGAGACAACAGAGCCCUUGGACUAUGAGAGGAUACAGGAGUAUGAGCUUAUCGUGGUUGCAAACAGUACCCACGGGAUAGUUAUCAAGACCUUCCUUAAGGUGCAGGUUUUGGAUGAGAAUGAUAACGCACCUGUGUUUCAGCACUCUUUGGUGGAGAUAUCAGUUGAAGAAAACAAUCCACCAAACACUUUUCUCACUCAGCUCCAAGCGUCAGACCAGGACAGCGAAAGCCGAGGGGAAGUCAUGUACCUCCUCGGAGGCGACGCCCCGGGUAUUUUUGUUGUGGAUCAAGUUACAGGAAUCCUGACUGUGGCCGCAUCGCUGGACCGUGAGGAGAAAGAGACAUACCGGUUCAUAGUGAGAGCGGUAGACCAGGGGACACCCAGGAGGGAGUCGAUUGCAACAGUGGUGGUGACGGUGCAAGAUCGCAAUGACAACAGUCCACGUUUCAUCAACAAGGAUUUCACUUUCUUUGUGCCUGAGAACUUCCCAGGUUAUGGUGAGAUCGGUGUCCUCUCUGUGACUGAUGCUGACGCUGGGGAAAAUGGCUGGGUGGCCCUCUCCAUCCUGAAUGGUAGUGACAUUUUUAUGAUAGACACAGGCCGAGGGGCACUGAGGGCGAAGACAUCACUGGACCGCGAGCAACAGGGGACAUACCAGCUGUGGAUCGAAGCUGUUGAUGGUGGGGAGCCUGCUCUCUCCUCUGUCACAAUGGUUACCGUGCUGCUGUUGGAUGUAAAUGACAACCCACCAAUCGUCCUCUUUCCUCAGUCGAAUCAGUCUUACAUGCUAGUGCUACCCAAUACUUUACCAGGAACAUCAAUUACAGAAGUGUAUGCUGUGGAUAAAGAUACAGGCAUGAAUGCUGUAAUCGCCUAUAGUAUCAUUAAAAGGAAAGGUGGUGAGCCGGGGUCAUUUGCCAUUGACCCAGAAACAGGAAAUAUCACAUUAAAGAGGGAGCUCAGCAACCGUGGCCUAUACAGCCUUCUGGUGAAGGUCAGUGAUCAUGGUCAACCUGAACCACUGUACUCCACAGUCAUGGUUAACUUCUUUGUCAAUGAAACAGUGAGUAAUGAAAGUUACAUUCAAAGUCUGCUGACCAGAGAAGCUGACAUAGAGGUAGAGGAGAGGCCCUGGUACAUUGGUCAGAUGGCAGAGGGGCCUGAGAGGUAUGAGCCGUUCCCAUGUCAGCCUGUCCUCAUUGCUCUUUCAGUGACCUGUCUGGGGCUGUUCUUCUUGGUUGUCACGCUGACAUCUUACAUAUGCUGUAGAAGGUUUAAAAAGAGCAGGAAGAAAAGAUCGGAAGUGGAAAUACCUUUAAAAAUUCAAAAUGACUCGAUGCAGGCUGUGAACAGAAAGCUCAGGCAGAUCUCAAACAUCUGAUGUUCAGUUGUUCACUCGUCCAAAAAAAAAAA